AUGAAGUAUCGUUAUUUUAUAGUGAAGUUAUAUAACGAAAUAAAGAAACUUCAUCAAGAGCAAUUUCCAAUAAUACAUCGAGAUGAUUCAAAUAACCAACUUUUAGUUUAUCGUGGUCAAAAGAUAUUUGAACAUGAUUGGAAAUUAUUAGAAAAUAAUGUUGGAGGAUUAGUAUGUAUCAAUUCCUUUUUAUCAACCACUCUUUACGAAGAUAUUGCAAUGCAAUUUGCUCUCGCAUGCCCAGAAGAAAAAACAGUCGCUGUUAUUUUUCGAAUUACACUUGAUCGUCGUGUUUCGUCUUCAAUUUUUGCUAAUAUCUCUGGUCAGAGCAGUAUGGGAUAUGAAGCUGAAGUACUCCUAUCUCCAGGUAUUGUGUUUCGUGUUGACAAGAUCGCGUAUGAUGAUGUGUUUGAUCGAUGGAUUGUGAAUCUGAUCGCUACUGAUCCAGAUAAAGAUUCUUUACUUUCAUUUAUGCUAUCCGAAUCAGAAACAUCAACUCUUGGUCAAGUGCUUUAUCAAACGGGCGAAUAUGAAGCCGCACCAUGUUUAGGUAAAGGCGAUUAUAAUCGUGCACUCCACUAUUAUCGCGAAGCAUAUGAAUUAGAAUGCGUUGAAGGUGAAACAAAGCAACUAGCAGAAAUCUGUCAUGACAUGGGAUUCGCCUAUAUCGAAAUUGGUGCGUUGCGUCUUGGUGUAGAAUAUUUAGAAAAAGCUCUAGACAUACAAAAUACCGUCUUACCCGCAAAUCACUACCAUUUAGGUUGUACAUAUACGAAUUUAGGCGAUUAUUAUCGUGCCCGAAAUGAAAGUGGACAAGCCUUAGAAUAUUAUCAGCACGCUCUUGAUACAUUUCAAUGCUCACGACAGCAUGAUAACAAUAUCGUCGCUCAAGCUCAUUUUCGUAUUGCUCAGCUAUAUGUUUAUAUGCAUCAAUACGACAUGGUGACAAGAACGCUUGAACAGUUGGCGAAAGCAUAUGGAAGAAUGGCUAACGGUUUAGGACUUGCAAGUGUCUAUAUGAGAAUAGUAAUCUAUACGUAUUAUUCAACAGCAAAUCUUAAGCAAUGCGCUACAUAUACUGAGUAUGUUCUCACAAUUCGUCGACAGCAUCUAGAUGCCGAUCAUAAAUUGAUUGGAAUCACACACUAUAUUCUGGGUUCACUUCAACUUGGAGCCCAUAUGCAAUGCUUUCCAGCACAUGACUUUGCUGCUCUAAUCAAUGGCCAAAAAAAUCUUAUGCGAGCGGCUGAAAUAUUAAAGUCAUGCCCCACUUAUUCCAUUAAAGUAAUUGAAAACCUCGCUUUCGUUUACCGCCAACUGAAACUUUAUGAUAAAAAAAUCGUAUAUUUUAAGCAGUCAAUCGAGCAUACAUCAAUUGAUAGUGAAUUUCUUCCACAACGCUAUAAAAACCUAGCAUCGGCUUAUGGAGAGCUACAUCAAUUUAAGACUGCCAUUCGGUAUUUAAAAGAGGCAUUGCGUCUAUACGAUCAAUCAUCCAAAGUUACAGCAGAUCGACAAAUUAUCCGCUGUCAUGCUGUUCUCGGUACAUUUUACAAAUAUACUAAACGGUAUAAGUUAGCAUUGAAACACUUCUCUACUGCGCUUUCACUAUGGCGAAUGACAGCUGGUCCCAUGGAUGCUGAUCAUUCUAUCGGUGCAGUUUAUUAUCAUACGGCUGAUAUUUAUUACAAAUUACGUUUGCCGUAUCCGUCAUCCAUUGCUCAAUACUUUUAUUUCUGGAAUCAGUAUAGAAUUGGCCAGAUGAAUUCUCAGCGGGUAGCAAGAUCAUCAUUAAUGGACUCCGACCCUGGACACAUCACUGGCUUUCUUAUUCACAUUGAACUAGAUCUCGGCUGA